AUGGAAAUUUUACAAGGUCUUAGAGAAAUGAUCAUUCCUGGUACACCUGAAGAAUAUGUAAAAAUUUAUACUGAAUGUUGGGAUGACGAACUUGACAAUCGUCCAACCAUGAAACAAAUAGUCGAUAGACUAAUAUCAUUAAUCUCAGGAACUAAUUCAUCGAUUAAUGCUGAUGAUCAAGUGAUUAAUCGUGAUCAAUAUACUCCGAUAUCAAGUAAUCAACAACUCAAUCCAUGUACUAGUGAUCCGCUUCAAGGAGGAUUAUCUAAAGUCAUUCAAAACUUCCAUGGUAUGGAUACAGCAGAGGUGGUAAAGACUAUAACAACCUCAGACAAAAGUUUGAACAGGAUAAUAGAGGAGAUAUUAAUUCUAAUCUCCGUUAGAUUAGAUAAAGGGAAGGAAUGGAAGAAGGAAAUCGAAAGUGAUCCAAAUGCCAUGUUUUUACUUGGAUAUUUUUAUUAUUAUGGGGUGGAAACCAAUAUUGAAAAGAAAAUGGCUUUCGAAUUAUUUUUUAACGCCUCAAAACAACAACACACUUUAUCGCAAUAUUACGUUGGAUUAUGUUAUCUAUUUGGAGAUGGCGUUAUAAAAGACGAAAAAUUGGCUUUUAAAUAUAUUGAAACCAUCGCUAAUAAUGAUUGUGUGGCGGGUCAAUUGGAACUCGGUCAUUUUUAUAAAAAAGCGAUCGGUGUUGAAAAGGAUAUAAGAAUGGCAUAUAAGUGGAAUUUAAAGGCCGCCCAUAAUGGAAAUUUAAGAGCAAAAUGUAUCCUUGGGAACUUUUAUUUAAAUGGCGAAGGUGUCAAGAAAAAUUAUGAAAGUGCUUUUGAAUUAUUUAGACAAUCGGCCGAAGGAGGAUAUUCGAGUGGUAUAUCGAUGUUAGGACAUUGUUAUAUCAAAGGGGUUGGGACUAACGUCAAUAAGCAAAAAGCAUUUGCAUUAUAUCAAAAGGCGGCAAAUUUAGGAAACAAGACCGCUCAAUUUAAUCUUGCCAUUAUAUAUAAGAAUGGAGAUGGGAUUGAUAAAGAUAUAGAUAAAGCAAUUCAUUGGUAUAUAGAAUCUGCUAAACAAGAACAUAGAAAAGCUCAAUAUAAUCUUGCCAUUAUAUACGAAAAUGGAGAUGGAAUUCAUAAAGAUAUAGAUAGAGCAAUUUAUUGGUAUAAAAAAUCUGCCGAACAGGGACAUCAAAAAGCUCAGUAUAGCCUUGCUCGUAUGUUUAGAAUUGAAGGUGAUAUAGAUGGGGCAAUCCAUUGGUACAGAAAAUCUGCUGGACAAGGAUAUUAUAAAGCUCAAUACAAUCUCGCUCAAAUAUAUGAGAGUGGGGAUGAUAUCGAUAGAGCGAUUUACUGGUAUAAAAAAUCUGCCGAACAAGGAGACCGAAAUGCUCAAUAUAAUCUUGCUGUAAUAUAUGAAAAUGGAGUUAGGAUUAAAGAUUUAGAUAAGGCAACUUAUUGGUCUGAACGUGUGAUAUGA